CCCCAGGCAGUUGGCCGGGAGACCCGGACCUGGUGGGUCGGGGUGCGGCCGUCCGCAUCAGCCUCUCCCUCCCUCCCGGUUCCCUGAAGUUGCCGCGGGAGCGGGCGCGGAUACCCAGCCGCUGGGUGUGCGGUGCCCUUCGGUGAGGAGGGGGCGUCCGGACCGUGGUGAGCGCACCCAGGGCUCCCCCCACCACCACCACACCACCCCCGACCUCGUUAUCUUCGCCGGCCUCUCAGGGUCACAAGCCCCACUGUGACUGCCAUGGCUGAAAACGCCGAGGGAGACCUGAACUCCAACCUGCUCCACGCCCCCUACCGCACCGGGGACCCUCAGCUAGACACGGCCGUCGGGCAGUGGCUCCGCUGGGACAAGAAUCCCAAAACAAAAGAGCAAAUUGAGAAUCUGUUACGGAAUGGGAUGAACAAGGAACUUCGAGAUCGCCUUUGUUGCCGAAUGACGUUUGGAACUGCCGGGCUUCGAUCUGCCAUGGGGGCAGGAUUUUGUUAUAUUAAUGACCUUACAGUAAUACAAUCAACACAGGGAAUGUACAAAUAUCUAGAGAGAUGCUUUUCAGACUUCAAGCAGAGAGGCUUUGUUGUUGGAUAUGACACACGGGGUCAAGUAACUAGCAGCUGCAGCAGCCAAAGGCUUGCUAAACUCACUGCUGCAGUGUUGUUGGCUAAAGAUGUUCCUGUUUACCUUUUUUCAAGAUAUGUUCCUACACCUUUUGUACCAUAUGCAGUCCAGGAGCUCAAAGCAGUUGCAGGGGUGAUGAUUACUGCAUCUCACAAUCGCAAGGAAGACAAUGGAUAUAAGGUUUACUGGGAAAAUGGUGCUCAAAUAACAUCUCCUCAUGAUAAAGAAAUUUUGAAAUGUAUAGAAGAAUGUGUUGAACCCUGGAAUGGUUCAUGGAAUGACAAUUUAGUGGACACCAGCCCACUGAAGAAAGACCCACUGCAGGACAUUUGCAGGAGAUAUAUGGAAGAUCUGAAAAAGAUCUGUUUUUACAGGGAAUUAAAUUCAAAGACCACCUUAAAAUUUGUGCAUACAUCUUUUCAUGGAGUUGGACAUGACUAUGUGCAACUGGCUUUUCAAGCGUUUGGUUUUAAGCCUCCAAUUCCAGUACCAGAACAAAAAGAUCCGGAUCCAGACUUUUCUACUGUUAAAUGUCCAAAUCCUGAAGAAGGAGAAUCUGUGCUGGAACUUUCUCUAAGACUGGCAGAGAGAGAAAAUGCCCAGAUAGUGCUAGCCACAGACCCUGAUGCAGACAGACUGGCCGUGGCAGAACUUCAGGAGAGUGGUCACUGGAAAAUUUUCACAGGAAAUGAGUUGGCUGCUUUGUUUGGGUGGUGGAUGUUUGACUGCUGGAAGAAGAAUAGAUCAACAAAUGCUGAUGUGAAGAAUGUUUAUAUGUUAGCCACCACUGUCUCUUCUAAAAUUUUGAAGGCAAUUGCACUUAAGGAAGGAUUUCAUUUUGAAGAAACUUUACCAGGCUUUAAAUGGAUUGGAAGUAGGAUAAAAGACCUCCUGGAAAAUGGCAAGGAAGUCCUUUUUGCAUUUGAAGAGUCUAUUGGCUUCCUGUGUGGCACCUCAGUUCUGGAUAAAGAUGGGGUGAGUGCAGCUGUUGUUGUUGCUGAGAUGGCAUCUUACCUGGAAACCAGGAACGUAACCUUGAAGGAGCAACUGAGCAAGAUUUAUGAGAUGUAUGGUUAUCACCUGUCAAAAACUUCCUAUUUCUUGUGUUAUGAUCCACCUACUAUCAAAAGUAUAUUUGAAAGACUUCGCAAUUUUGAGUCUCCCAAAGAAUAUCCAAAAUUUUGUGGGACAUUUGCAAUAUUGCACAUACGGGAUAUUACUACUGGAUAUGACAGCAGCCAGCCAAAUAAGAAAUCAAUACUGCCAGUGAGUAAAAACAGCCAAAUGAUUACAUUUACUUUUCAAAAUGACUGUGUCGCCACUCUUCGGACAAGUGGGACAGAACCAAAGAUAAAGUAUUAUGCAGAGAUGUGUGCAUCACCUGACCAGAGUGACACGGCCUUACUGGAAGAGGAGUUGAAGAAACUCAUUGAAGCUCUGGUAGAAAAUUUUCUGGAACCCAGUAAGAAUGGCCUGAUCUGGCGCUCUGUGUAGGCGCUGCAGCCUGCCUUGAUAUUUGCACUGGUGUAUGGACAGAACCUCCAAGAACUCCAUGCAUCCAACCCCUGUUAGCAUUCUUGCACUGUCUCAUCUGGCCAAGUAUCCUCUUUCUUUCCUAUUCUUUGUUUUGUUCAAGUAGCUAAACCAACUGUAUAGAACUGAAGUGAAAUUUUCUGGAGGGAAAUCCAUUACAUUAAAAGUGUUACAUUGACACAUUGUUCUUCCUUUAACAGAGACAGUAAUACAAAAGUGAGUUUUCGUAUUGAAGUGUAAAUUAGGCUUAGUUCUGUAUCUUGUACUUUUGAAUAGCAUGGCUAAAAAAGGUAAAUAAAUGUUAUAUAAUAAUAGUUAAGGAAAUUAAUUCAUAAAAGUUGAAAGAACAGAAUGUUCCUAGAUCAUUACAGAAAAGUGUCAUUGUUAUUUCGUAAGUGUUGAUUUAUGUAUUAGAAGUCUGGCGUAGUAAGUUGUGCAUGCCUGUAAUCCCAGCACCUGGGAACUUUAAAUUGCUCCCGGGCAAGUUCAGAGUCAGCCUGGACUAUGUAGCAAGAUACUAUCUUAAACAAACAAAAAAACAGUAUUUAGCCUUUCUAGUUUAGGACAGAUGUUACAAUACGUGGUUUUGCACCUCUGUUUCAGGUGCUCUUGGUGCAGUGUAUACUUACUGGGUAUAUUGAAGACUCCAACGUUUACUGAGCAUAAAACAAUAGUGGCAGCACUCCAGUGGGCUUUGUUCUUGUCAAGUUUCUCUGUGCCUUCUCAGGGUCUGGUCUGAACUGAAACAAUGUUCUUGCAGUGAAUAUAAUUUAUCAGUCAAAUUGCAGAUAGUUAAGGAAAAUCUUUCAAACUAUAUAGGUGCUUCCUCUAUAUCAAAUGAUUUGUUGAUUUAAAAAAUCCUGUGACUGUAGACGAGCUUAGUAAACGUGGACUUGCUGUAACUAUAGUUGUCUUCAUUUUAGAAUUACGUCAGCUAUUAAAAAGAAAACAAUCUGAACUGAGAAAUGAGCUCUAACUUUUCAGUUACAUUUUUGUAAGUAGAUUUAUUCUUCUACCUGAUGAAGUAAACUAACUUUUGCUAGGAAAAAGAACAUCAGAAUAUUAAGUAUUUUCUGCAACUAAGCAGUCCAGUAAAUAUUAAGUAUUUCAUACAAGCAUAAUCAACUAAACUAAGCAGCAUCAGACCUAGUUAACAUAGAUUGGAGGAUUUAAGUAUUAUAAAACACUGAAACUGCCAUUUAAAACUAAUGUCCAAUUUAUUUUAGCAUCUUGUUAGUUUCUGUGGAAUUUCUGAUCACAUGAGUACUAUUUACCUUUUUUUAUUGUAGAAAAACUUUUCAAGGAAAGUCACUGCUGGCCAAUUCUCCAGUCUUCUGAAAAGACUUGGUAGACAAGAGCUGUUUAAUUUUCAGUAAAUUUCAUCUUGUUUAGUUUUCAGAAUACUUGUGGUGUUAUAGGAGGUAACAAAACAAGGCCUUGGGUAUAAUAAUUUAAACAAACUGCCUGUAGGAGAAACCACUGGCAGUAGAUAGUUUAUUUCCUAAACAAAACUAUGAAGUCUGAACUGAUUGGAAUGCUAUUUGAAUUGUGGUUUAGUUUGUUGAGCUAUCUGCUUUCAUUGAGCUCAUACAAUCCAAACACAGAUUUUGAUUAUUGUAUUGCCACUAUUGUCAUUUGUUCCUUCCUUGCUUUCUUGUAGCUGGAUCUUGUAUGACUGUAGGUCAUAGUUAGCUAACCUCAGAACACCAUUUUUCUAUAUGAGUUGUUUGUUUUCAGAGCCUUUGCACUGAAAAAGAAAUAUGUAAAAUUUUUUGUUUAUUCAAAAAUGUUUUGGUUGUUAUUUUAGGCAUGUAGAUUGUAAUUUAGGAUGUGGUUCUACAAAGUGGUAUGGGCAUCAUAUAUGUACGUAUAUAUAAUAUAUAAUAUAGAUAUCAUUGUGUAUUUGGUUUUAGUAUCUGUGUUUCAGUAACUGAAGAACAAAAUGAAGCUGAAUUCUAGGACAGCUCAUAAUAAUCACUAAAACUGUCAUUCUCUUAUUAAGAUAAUAGUUAUGCUUAAAGACUUUAAUAUAAUACAACAUGUGAGUUAUCUUAAGGUAAAAAGCUAUUGAAGUUUGGGUUCAUAUCUCAAAAAGUUCAAAGUCCAAAGUUGAAGCUACCAAAAAUGUUAAAGGUUCCCCAAGUGUAUAGUUUUGAUUCUUUCCAAACUCUCGAACCUGAGCAUAUUUACCAUGAUAUCAGUGCCCACUGCCUAACAGGAUAGAUUCCAUGACCGCCCAAGAGACAGGGGUGCUGGCCUGUGGUUCUCAGCCUUGGAUGCUGCAUUGUUUAUCUCUGUAUCUCUUUCAGUAGCAUCAAACUGAGUGCAUCCUCCUUGAACAUGUAAACUGACAUUUUCUGGAGCCCUGAGGAAAAGAAUUAGACUAGGAGUGUGGCUCAGUGGUAGAGUGGUUUUCUAGCAUGUGCAAGGACCUGGGUUCAGUCUCCAAUACU